AGUCUACAAAAAUCAGAGGUGCUUUGAGCAAACGGUCACAUCAUUGUUAGCAGCGCAGAAGAAAUUAGCAAAACAAAAUGCAUUUAAAUAAAUACACUGAACUCUUGGAACGCCUGGAGAGCGAGGAAUUGGAGCAAGUCGAGUUAGGAGCUGAGGUCUACCAGCAAUUACUUGCGAUUUAUCUAUACGAAAACAAACUGGCCAAUGCCAAGUUACUGUGGAUGCGAGUACCCGACAAAUUGAAGGAGGACAAAGAACUGAGUCAGUUAAAUCUGCUGAACCUGGCGCUGCAGCACAACAACUACACCGACUUCUUCAAACACAUCAAGUAUGAGUGGUCCGAGAAGGUAAAGGCGCCUCUGGAAGACCUACUGCUCAAGCAACGCGAGGAACUAUUCACCCUGGUGGGCAGCGCCUACGUGUCCAUCUACCAACAGGACCUGCUAGAAUUGUCCCUGCUCUCGGAGAAUGAGCUGAAAAAGACGUGUGCUGCCUUAGAUUGGACCGAGGAACUCUACGGCGACCGUGUGAUCCUGAAACCCAAGGUUAAGGAGACGCCGCCCAGUCGCGGCAACGAUGAUCAGUUGCUCAAGUUGACCGAAUUUGUAACCUUCCUAGAAAAUUAAGCCUUAUUUAAACGGAUAUCAGUCAAUAAAAAUGAAUCCUUGAAAAA